CCGACCGCUACGCCGCCCCUACGCCCGCCGCGCCCAAAACACUACGAAACUUUUCAUACUUUUUCUAACACUUAGAAAAUUUCGCGCGCGUGACAAACUUUCAGUGACUCUCGAGUGCGUGUGCAGUGAACGAUGCGGUGGUAGCAUUAUGGCGCCUCUCCGCGUGCCGUACGGGAACUUGGACGAUGUCACGGACUUCUCAAACUUCACCCCGCCGAGCCACGAGACCCGGCACCACGCGCACCGCAACCACUCGCACUGGCGGGACCACCACCACAACCUAGUCGACGUCUUAUCCAGCUCCAUCAUGGAUAUGGUCAACACGAAAUACCUGGCGGAAAGCGUCCUGCCAGAUCUGGAGCCUCUCUCGACUCACAUGGAGGGGGCUUUGGAUCGGCAUCCGCUGAAAAUGAACAUUACGUUGAACCGCUCAGAGUUUUCCCUCGUGGAUCGUGACGAGUACAUGUACCGGCACGGGGGCGCGAUGACGGCGGUGUACUGCGCGGCGUACCUGCUGGUGUUCCUGCUGGGCAUCGUGGGCAACUUCUUCGUGAUCGCGGUGGUGUACCGCUCGCCCCGCAUGAGGACCGUCACCAACUUCUUCAUCGUGAACCUCGCCGUGGCGGAUAUACUGGUGAUCGUCUUCUGUCUGCCCGCCACGCUCAUGUCCAACAUUUUUGUCCGUGAGUAUACUUAAUAAAUCCUUAGUGGCUUUUGUAUUUCUUGUAUUAAUUGUUGAAAGUGUCGUGGGGAAAUUAGGAGCUUCUGUUGAGUUAUGGGGCGUUAUGAAUUAUG